ACCUGACCCUAAAUGGAGGCACUGGCUCCCGGAACUAAGCUGGGGAUCUAGCAGGGAGAGAGGAUGGCAUCGUGGAGCCCUGACGCCCCGUGUUCCUGUGACUGCUUUGUCUCGGUGCCCCCCGCCUCGGCCAUCCCAGCUGUGAUCUUUGCCAAGAACUCAGACCGACCCCGGGAUGAGGUGCAGGAGGUGGUGUUUGUGCCCGCAGGCACUCAUGCCCCUGGCAGCUGGCUCCAGUGCACCUACAUUGCGGUGGAACAGGUGGCCGAGACCCAUGCUGUGAUCCUAAGCCGCCCUGCUUGGCUAUGGGGGGCGGAGAUGGGCGCCAACGAGCAUGGCGUCUGCAUUGGCAACGAGGCCGUGUGGACCAAGGAGCCGGUUGGGGAGGGGGAAGCCCUGCUGGGCAUGGAUCUACUCAGGCUGGCUUUAGAACGCAGCCGCUCAGCGCAGGAGGCCGUGCACGUGAUCACAGGCUUGCUGGAGCGCCAUGGGCAGGGGGGCAGCUGCCGGGAGGACCCCACGCCAUUCUGCUACCACAACACCUUCCUGCUGGCUGACAGGACCGAGGCCUGGGUGCUGGAGACGGCGGGGCGGCUGUGGGCCGCACAGAGGAUCCAGGAGGGCGCCCGCAACAUCUCCAACCAGCUGAGCAUUGGCACGGACAUCUCGGCUGAACACCCGGCGCUGCGGGCCCACGCCCAGGCCCGGGGCUGGUGGGGUGGCCAGGGCCCCUUCGACUUCGCCCAGGUCUUCUCCCUGACCCAGCAGCCCGUGCGCAUGGAGGCUGCCAAGGCCCGCUUCCGGGCCGGCCGGGAGCUGCUGCGGCAGCGGCAAGGGGGCAUCACGGCCGAGGCGAUGAUGGACAUCCUCAGGGACAAGGAGAGGGGCAUCUGCAUGGACUCGGGGGGCUUCCGCACCACGGCCAGCAUGGUGUCCGUCCUGCCCCGCGACCCCGCGCAGCCCUGCGUCCACUUCCUCACCGCCACGCCGGACCCCGCCAGGUCAGUGUUCAAACCUUUCAUCUUCGGGGCGGGGGCGGCCCAGGCCCCCCAGGUGCUGUCCCCCACUUUUGGAGCACAGGACCCCGUUCGGACCGUGCCCCGCUUCCAGACUCGGGUGGAUCGCCGGCACGCUCUCUACCGCGGACACCAGGAGGCCCUGGGGCUGAUGGAGAGUGAGCAGGACCAGGGGCGGCGGCUGCGGCAGAAGCAGCAGGAUCUGGAGCAGGAAGGCCUGCAGGCUGUGAGGGGGCUGCUGGCCGGGGCGGGGGCCCCACCCUCCCAGGAACUGGGGGGCCUCUUCCAGGCCUUUGUGGAGAGGGAGAGCCAGGCGUACGCCUGAGCUCCGCAGCUCCUCCUGGCCUGGCGGGGGGCUCGGGCCUGGGGUGGGCCUGGACCCCGGGGGCGUGGGAUCAGAGCAGGUCCUUCACGCCCCUCGUUCUGAGUGGCUGGCUCAGCCUCGUCUUAAUAAAUAGGUUUUAUUUCUCA